ACUCAUGGGGAUCAAGGGGUUAAUACGAAGAGCCAUCUGGCUGAGCUGGUUUGUUAUAAUCGAGCAGAUUCAUGUUCGCGGCGCUCAGAGUUUUAAGGCUCCUCUCUCCUAACAGAACUGAACAAUUUCUGUGCAAGCUAUCUGUGUGCGAGCGUGUGCUUUUUGAAUGACCAGAUUAUUUCCAUCCAUCUCUUCAUGUCGACUUCCCUGCAAACGUUCACACGGAUGCCAUGGUCACUUCUACCACGCCCCCUAAUUGUGUAAAUUCUCUGGAAAGGUCUGGAGAUCAAAGAAAUUAUUUGCACGUCCGUGUCUAACUGGAACCCGAUCUUACAACGUUUGUAAAGACGAUCUGUUUGUAAAGACAAGGAAAAGACUAGUCCCGUCCACACUAGGAGAAAAGCAAUGGUGUGAGUAAAGCAGUCCUUGGAAAGUUCCAUUCUCUGAAGGAUCUUACACGUGAACAAGGUGAUGUCCAUUUUGUUUUAUGCAAUAUUUCUUGCUCAUCUCCGUGGCAUCCAGUCUACCAAUAUGGAUCAAGGGAGCUUAACAGAAGAUUCAAUAAGUUCUCUCAUUAUGAAACUUAUUCAAGCAGACAUCUUAAAAAACAAGAUAUCCAAACAAAUGACAGAUAUUAAGGAUAGUGUUCAAGACACAAUUAAGAACAUGGAGACUGCUGAGCCUGAUAUGGAUGACAAUGAAAGUGUGAAAUUGGAUUUCCAGCCAGUUAUCACAAUGGAUACAGAACUACUAAAACAACAGAAACGCUACAUCUCUCCCAGGGUCCUCUUGAGUGACAAUACCCCAUUGGAGCCCCCACCUUUGUAUCUAAUGGAGGAUUACAUUGGCAGUUCUGUGAUGGCGAAUCAAACUUCUCGGCGGAAGAGGUUUGCUGAAAACAAGAGUCACCGUGGAGAGUAUUCAGUGUGUGACAGUGAAAGCCGAUGGGUCACAGACAAAUCUUCAGCUGUUGACAUUAGGGGCCACCAGGUAGCUGUGCUGGGAGAAAUCAAAAUGGGACCUUCCCCAGUCAAACAAUAUUUUUAUGAAACCAGGUGUAAACAAGCCAAACCGGCUAAAAGUGGCUGUCGUGGUAUAGAUGAUAAGCAUUGGAACUCCCAAUGUAAAACCUCCCAAACAUUUGUACGAGCGUUGACUUCAGAAAACAAUAAACUUGUAGCCUGGCGAUGGAUAAGAAUAGACACUUCUUGUGUGUGUGCAUUAUCCAGAAAAAUUGGACGAACAUAGGUCUGUUUCUUUCUGUCAUAUAAAUUAUUACGUCUAAAUUAUAUGAUAUGCAUGUAGCAUAUAAAUAUUUCUAUUGUUUUAUAUAAGUUGUCCUUAUUUAUUAAACUCCAGCAAGCUACUAUGUGUGUGUGUGCGUGUGCGUGUGGACAGACACGCUCACACAUACAUCAGUGAAAAAGUAAAGUAUUGAUAUCUACAAUUGGCAUCAGGUUUCAUUACUGCUUGUGACUUCUGCUCUUCCUCAUCUUUCCAAAAAAGCCUGCAAAGUCUUUGUGUAACAUCAGUAUUUUUCAUUUGGUACUGUCAAUCCACUGAUGUUCAUUGAGUAAACCAGUUAAAUGAAGUUGGAUCCAGUUGCUGAGACGUCUGUACCUGCUUUUCCAUUCCUUGAUCAGUGUGUGUGUGUGUGUGUGUGUUGUAACCCUUCAUCCCAGAAACAAAAUGAAGCAACGCAGCCUAUAGCUAGUAUUAUAAUUCCAGCAACUGACUAAUAAUAUGCAUUUUCUGUGUAUUGUGCCAGCUUUACCAUUAGAGUUACCAUUUAUUUUUUCCCCUGUACUGGUGUUCCAGACCCACUGCUAGUAAGCCUGCAAUUUAAGCUUAGGUUUUAUUGUUUAAAAUACAUUUGUUUUGUAACUUUUAAUGCUGCCAAUUUAUUUUUAGAAGGGUAGGAAAAAACCUAAGAUAUUUGUAAUAGACUCUAGCCAAAGCCAAGAAUCAAAUCUAAGUGGAACAUUAAUAUAAUAUAUAAAAGAUGGAAUUCCUCAAAAUAAGCACUUU